AUGUUAUCUUAUUCAGUGUGCCGUGUAGACCUAUCUUAUUCAGUGUGCCGUAUAGACCUAUCUUAUUCAGUGUGCCGUGUAGACCUAUCUUAUUCAGUGUGCCGUGUAGACCUAUCUUAUUCAGUGUGCCGUAUAGACCUAUCUUAUUCAGUGUGCCGUGUAGACCUAUCUUAUUCAGUGUGCCGUGUAGACCUAUCUUAUUCAGUGUGCCGUGUAGACCUAUCUUAUUAUGUGUGCCGUGUAGACCUAUCUUAUUCAGUGUGCCGUGUAGACCUAUCUUAUUCAGUGUGCCGUGUAGACCUAUCUUAUUCUGUGUGCCGUAUAGACCUAUCUUAUUCUGUGUGCCGUGUAGACCUAUCUUAUUCAGUGUGCCGUAUAGACCUAUCUUAUUCAGUGUGCCAUGUAGACCUAUCUUAUUCAGUGUGCCGUAUAGACCUAACUUAUUCAGUGUGCCGUGUAGACCUCUUUUUCAGUGAGCCGUAUAGACCUAUCUUAUUCAGUGUGCCGUAUAGACCUAUCUUAUUCUGUGUGCCGUAUAGACCUAUCUUAUUCAGUGUGCCGUGUAGACCUAUCUUAUUCAGUGUGCCGUAUAGACCUAUCUUAUUCAGUGUGCCGUGUAGACCUAUCUUAUUCAGUGUGCCGUGUAGACCUAUCUUAUUCAGUGUGCCGUGUAGACCUAUCUUAUUCUGUGUGCCGUAUAGACCUAUCUUAUUCAGUUUGCCGUAUAGACCUAUCUUAUUCAGUGUGCCGUAUAGACCUAUCUUAUUCAGUGUGCCGUAUAGACCUAUCUUAUUCAGUGUGCCGUGUAGACCUAUCUUAUUCAGUGUGCCGUAUAGACCUAUCUUAUUCAGUGUGCCGUAUAGACCUAUCUUAUUCAGUGUGCCGUGUAGACCUAUCUUAUUCAGUGUGCCGUGUAGACCUAUCUUAUUCUGUGUGCCGUGUAGACAUAUCUUAUUCAGUGUGCCGUGUAGACCUAUCUUAUUCUGUGUGCCGUAUAGACCUAUCUUAUUCAGUUUGCCGUAUAGACCUAUCUUAUUCAGUGUGCCGUAUAGACCUAUCUUAUUCUGUGUGCCGUAUAGACCUCUUAUUCAGUGAGCCGUGUAGACCUAUCUUAUUCAGUGUGUUGUAUAGACCUAUCUUAUUCAGUGUGUUGUAUAGACCUAUCUUAUUCAGUGUGCCGUGUAGACCUAUUUUAUUCAGUGAGCCGUGUAGACCUAUCUUAUUCAGUGUGCCGUGUAGACCUAUCUUAUUCAGUGUGCCGUGUAGACCUAUCUUAUUCAGUGUGCUGUGUAGACCUAUCUUAUUCAGUGUGCCGUAUAGACCUAUCUUAUUCAGUGUGUUGUAUAGACCUAUCUUAUUCAGUGUGCCGUGUAGACCUAUCUUAUUCAGUGUGUUGUAUAGACCUAUCUUAUUCAGUGUGCCGUGUAGACCUAUCUUAUUCUGUGUGCCGUGUAGACCUAUCUUAUUCUGUGAGCCGUGUAGACCUAUCUUAUUCAGUGUGCCGUGUAGACCUAACUUAUUCAGUGUGCCGUAUAGACCUAACUUAUUCAGUGUGCCGUAUAGACCUAACUUAUUCAGUGUGCCGUGUAGACCUCUUAUUCAGUGUGCCGUGUAGACCUAUCUUAUUCAGUGUGCCGUGUAGACCUAUCUUAUUCAGUGUGCCGUAUAGACCUAACUUAUUCAGUGUGCCGUGUAGACCUAUCUUAUUCAGUGUGCCGUGUAGACCUAUCUUAUUCAGUGUGCCGUGUAGACCUAUCUUAUUCAGUGUGCCGUGUAGACCUAUCUUAUUCAGUGUGCCGUAUAGACCUAACUUAUUCAGUGUGCCGUGUAGACCUCUUAUUCAGUGAGCCGUAUAGACCUAUCUUAUUCAGUGUGCCGUGUAGACCUAUCUUAUUCAGUGUGCCGUGUAGACCUAUCUUAUUCAGUGUGCCGUGUAGACCUAUCUUAUUCAGUGUGCCGUGUAGACCUAACUUAUUCUGUGUGCCGUAUAGACCUAUCUUAUUCAGUGUGCCGUAUAGACCUAUCUUAUUCAGUGUGCCGUGUAGACCUAUCUUAUUCAGUGUGCCGUGUAGACCUAUCUUAUUCAGUGUGCCGUAUAGACCUAACUUAUUCAGUGUGCCGUGUAGACCUCUUAUUCAGUGAGCCGUAUAGACCUAUCUUAUUCAGUGUGUUGUAUAGACCUAUCUUAUUCAGUGUGCCGUAUAGACCUAUCUUAUUCAGUGUGCCGUGUAGACCUAACUUAUUCUGUGUGCCGUGUAGACCUAUCUUAUUCUGUGUGCCGUGUAGACCUGUAGACCUAUCUUAUUCUGUGUGCCGUGUAGACCUAUCUUAUUCAGUGUGCCGUGUAGACCUAUCUUAUUCAGUGUGUUGUAUAGACCUAUCUUAUUCAGUGUGCCGUGUAGACCUAACUUAUUCUGUGUGCCGUGUAGACCUAUCUUAUUCAGUGUGCCGUGUAGACCUGUAGACCUAUCUUAUUCUGUGUGCCGUGUAGACCUAUCUUAUUCAGUGUGCCGUGUAGACCUAUCUUAUUCAGUGUGCCGUGUAGACCUAUCUUAUUCUGUGUGCCGUAUAGACCUAUCUUAUUCAGUGUGCCGUGUAGACCUAACUUAUUCAGUGUGCCGUGUAGACCUAUCUUAUUCAGUGUGUUGUAUAGACCUAUCUUAUUCAGUGUGCCGUGUAGACCUAUCUCAUUCAGUGUGCCGUGUAGACCUAUCUUAUUCUGUGUGCCGUAUAGACCUAUCUUAUUCAGUGAGCCGUGUAGACCUAUCUUAUUCUGUGUGCCGUAUUGACCUAUCUUAUUCAGUGUGCCGUGUAGACCUAACUUAUUCAGUGUGCCGUGUAGACCUAUCUUAUUCAGUGUGUUGUAUAGACCUAUCUUAUUCAGUGUGCCGUGUAGACCUAUCUUAUUCAGUGUGCUGUGUAGACCUAUCUUAUUCUGUGUGCCGUAUAGACCUAUCUUAUUCAGUGUGCCGUGUAGACCUAUCUUAUUCAGUGUGCUGUGUAGACCUAUCUUUUUCAGUUUGCCGUAUAGACCUUUCUUAUUCAGUGUGCCAUGUAGACCUAUCUUAUUCAGUGUGCCGUGUAGACCUAUCUUAUUCUGUGUGCCGUAUAGACCUAUCUUAUUCAGUGUGUUGUAUAGACCUAUCUUAUUCAGUGUGCCGUGUAGACCUAUCUUAUUCAGUGUGCCGUGUAGACCUCUUAUUCAGUGUGCCGUAUAGACCUAUCUUAUUCAGUGUGCCGUGUAGACCUAUCUUAUUCAGUGUGCCAUAUAGACCUAUCUUAUUCAGUGUGCCGUGUAGACCCAUCUUAUUCAGUGUGCCGUGUAGACCUAACUUAUUCAGUGUGCCGUGUAGACCUAUCUUAUUCAGUGUGUUGUAUAGACCUAUCUUAUUCAGUGUGCCGUGUAGACCUAUCUUAUUCAGUGUGCUGUGUAGACCUAUCUUAUUCUGUGUGCCGUAUAGACCUAUCUUAUUCAGUGUGCCGUGUAGACCUAUCUUAUUCAGUGUGCUGUGUAGACCUAUCUUUUUCAGUUUGCCGUAUAGACCUUUCUUAUUCAGUGUGCCAUGUAGACCUAUCUUAUUCAGUGUGCCGUGUAGACCUAUCUUAUUCUGUGUGCCGUAUAGACCUAUCUUAUUCAGUGUGCCGUGUAGACCUAUCUUAUUCAGUGUGCCGUGUAGACCUAUCUUAUUCAGUGUGCCGUGUAGACCUAUCUUAUUCAGUGUGCCGUGUAGACCUAUCUUAUUCAGUGUGCCGUGUAGACCUCUUAUUCAGUGUGCCG